AUGAAUUAUAACGAUGGUGUUGAGGAUUCUUAUACGAGAUACCUCACCGGAUGGUGUCGAGCGGUGACUGAAUCCACCGCGGAUCAACCGCCUCGAACCACCAUCGCAAGGGUUCAUCCUAGGCAAGACGCCACAGGUGGUGGGGUUGAUCAGGUUUCCCAAGUUGACAUUGCCACAUCUAAUCCUGUAAUCGAGGAGGAAACCCCGGAGUCAAGAAUGAUGGGCACGAUGAUGAAUGCUAUGAAUAGAGCUAUGGCCCAACAACAAGAGUUCUUUAUGAAGUUGUUGGAGGAUAGAGAUGCUAACAACCGUAAGCAUGAAGCAGUUGUCAAUAAUAUUACUAUUGGAGGAUCUGGGGGUACCGAAAAUGGAAUCCCAACCCAGGAGUUAGCGACGAUUGAGGCGAGACAAAUGAGUAGAGUUUGCUCUUACAAGACUUUUCUAUGUUGCAAACCACCGGAAUUCGUGGGAUCUGAUGAUCCUGUGGUGUGCAUGAAUUGGCUUCGGGAAAUCGAGCAAGCCUUCCGGGCUUGUGACUGUGAUGAGGGGCAAAAAGUGAAGUUCGGCUCUCAAAUGCUGAGGGGUGCAGCUCUUACCUGGUGGAACAUUGUCAUCUCAACCAUCGAGGUUACAGAAUUGACCAAAAUGAGUUGGGCCACGUUCAAAGAGAAAGUGAUGGAAGAAUAUUGCAAUGAACAAGAGAUGGACCACAUCGAAGAAGAGUUCCGAACCCUGAAGAAGGGAAAUUUGUCAGUAAAGGACUACACCCGACUCUUCAUGGAAAAGCUAAAUUUAGUGGGAUAUGUGGCCCCGACGAAGAAGGAUAGGAUGAAAGCCUACCUCAAAGGGCUGCCUGCGGACAUGAUGGUGAUGGUUAGGAACUCAAGAGCCUCCACCCUUAGGGAGACAAUCGAAGAGGCCAAAGUCAUGGAAUCGGUUUAUGUUAAAGGAAAAGAAGAAAGGAUGUCGAGUGGUGAGAAGAGGAAGUGGGAAAGGCCUUAUGCACCAUCCAAAAACCCAAACCAUUUCGGCAGCAACAAUCGCGGAGCCUAUCCCAAACAAGAGUCUAGAUGGUGUCCCAAAUGCCACAAUAAACAUCACGGCACGUGUAGCACCAACUCUACUACCACCAAAUGCUUUAAGUGUGGGAAGGCAGGCCACACACGAAACGAGUGUCCGGUCAAGGGACCCAUAUGUUUUGGGUGCGAGGAGCCGGGUCACUUCAAGAAUGAUUGCCAAAAGUUGAAAACAGGUGGGAGUCAAGGAAGAAAAGAGGGAACCCCAAAAGCAACCGGUCGAGCCUUUCAGAUGUCGAGAGAAGAAGCAAAGGCGUCGGCGGAUGUAGUGUCGGGAAUUGAGGGAAAGGAAUUUCGUGUGGAUCUCAUACCCAUGGCUAUAGGUGGAUUCGAUGUCAUAAUUGGGAUGGAUUGGUUGGUAGAGAACCAAGCGGAGAUCGUAUGCUCUAAAAAGUUGAUCCGAAUCCCUUUGACGGGCGAGGACGCAGUGCUGGUUUAUGGAGAAAGAAGGAAGGGAAAUGUAGUACUCUUAUCCACGGCAAAGGCACGUAAAUGUCUAGCUAAGGGAUGCUCCUCGUACAUUGCGUACGUGUUGGAUACCAAACUUGAGAAAAGAAAAAUUGAAGAUGUGAAUGUGGUCAACGAAUUUCCCGAUGUUUUCCCUGAUGACUUACUUGGUUUACCGCCUGAUAGGCAGGUGGAGUUCCGGAUCGACCUCAUUCCGGGAACCGCUCCUAUUGCUAGAGCCCCUUACCGCUUGGCGCCAUCCGAAAUGCUAGAGUUGAUGUCUCAAUUACAAGACCUCCUAGAGAAAGGGUUUGUUAGACCGAUAUACAUGGACUUGAUGAACAGAGUGUGUCGACCAUUCCUUGAUAAGACUGUGAUAGUGUUCAUUGACGAUAUACUCGUUUAUUCCAAGGAUGAGGCGGAUCAUGAACAAUACCUUCGAGAAAUUCUCGAAGUAUUAAGAAAAGAGAAAUUAUAUGCAAAAUUCUCCAAGUGCGACUUUUGGCUGAGUGAAGUCCAAUUCUUGGGUCAUGUUGUCACUCGAGACGGAGUAAAGGUGGAUCCAUCCAAGAUCGAGGCGAUGAUGAAUUGGGAACCACCAAAGAGUCCGUUCGAAAUUCGAAGUUUCUUGGGUCUGGCGGGUUAUUACAGGAGAUUUAUCCAAGAUUUCUCCAAGGUCGCUUCUUCCUUGACAGCAUUGACUAGGAAGAACGUGAAGUUCAUCUGGACAGAAAAGCAAGAAAAUGCUUUUAGAACUUUUCAAAAGAAAUUAUGUGAAGCCCCGAUUCUCUCCUUGCCAAAAGGAUCCAAAGACUUCGUAGUUUUUAGCGAUGCUUCGAAAAUGGGAUUGGGUUGCGUCCUGAUGCAAAGGGGAAAAGUGAUAGCUUACGCCUCAAGACAACUCAAAGAUCACAAGAAAAAUCAUCCCACGUACGAUUUAGAGCUAGCGGCGGUGGUGUUUGCCUUAAAGCUUUGGCGACAUUACCUUUAUGGCACCAAGUGCAUGCUUUUCACCGAUCACAAGAUUGCGGAUGCUUUGAGCCGAAAGGAGUAUGGUAGUGGGAUGAAGGCCGUUCUUACCAGGAUCGAUGUAAUGUCCAAUUUAAUCGAUCGGAUCAAAGCGGCGCAGUCUGAAGCACUUUUGGAAGGAAAUCUCAAGAAUGAAGCAAUGAUGAAACAAAACUUACUUCUUACGGAAGACGACCGUGGUUUAAAGUUGUUUCAAGGACGUAUAUGGGUACCCAAAAUUGGAGGCAAUUGUGAAUUGUUGCUAGAAGAUGCGCACAAAUAUAAAUACUUCAUUCAUCCGGGUAGCACCAAGAUGUAUCGGGACUUGAAAUUGACAUAUUGGUGGCCCGUUAUGAAGCUUGAUGUGGCUCGUUACGUAGAGAGGUGCGUGACUUGUUUGCAAGUGAAAAAGGAGCAUCAACGACUUUAUGGCAGCCCUCAAUCUUUGGAAAACCCCGAAUGGAAGUGGGAGCAUAUUAAGAUGGAUUUCGUGACCAAACUGCUGAAAACCCUAAGGGGUCAUGAUACGAUAUGGGUAGUGGUUGAUCGACUGAUAAAGAGCGCUCACUUCUUGGCAAUGCGUGAAUCGUUGCCAAUGGAGAAGCUUUCCAUGUUAUACAUCAACGAAGUAGUCUCAAGGCACUGUAUACCGUUAUCAAUAGUAUUGGAUCGAGAUAGCCGUUUCACCUCUCAUUUCUGGAGCGGCUUAUAG